AUGGUGGUGUUCGCGUCUGCGGCAAAACCACCGACGACGACGACGCGCGAGGCGGAGGAAAAGAACGAGAAGAACGCGUGGCACGUCUCGAUUUCCGUCUUGGGCGGCGGUAGAAACUCGCGAGGAAAGAAGGAGAAGGAGGAAGAGGAGGACGUGGAGGCGAGGAACGGCGGCUUUUCGCGCGUUCGGCACGAGUCGACGCUGAAAGCGGUGCUCGCGCUCGCGACGAAGCGAGACGACGACGAGACGGAUGAAAAUUUGGUUCGACGAGAGGAAGACGAAGAAGAAGAAACGGAGAAAACGCUGAGCGCGAGGUUUAGCGCGGAGGAUUUCGCGCGAAAGCGAGAUGUUAUUCUGAUAUCGGUGUGCAGCAGCGGCGUCGGAGGAGGCGAGGAGGGAUCUUUCGUUUCUUCCUCUUUUUCUUCACCUUCUCCGACGCGUUCGUGGUCGGCGUCUUCAACAAUGUACGAGUUCGCGGCGAAGGCCAAGGCGUCGUCGUCGUGCGGCGGAAGCGAAUCGGUGUCGAUGCAAUGCAACCGCGCUGAAUUUCUGGAGAUGGAUGGCGGCGGGAAGAGGGAGAAGGCGGACGCGUACGAACGAGCGAUGGUUUCAGAAACCGGUGUGAAGUCUAGAGAUGUUCUCGUCUCCUCCGCUUUGAGGCGACUGAGCGAAGAGUUGGCGUGUUUUUCGGAGCGCUCGGCGGAGAGGUUCGGCGAAGGGAAAGUUUCAUCGUCGAGAGAUACCAGUGAAAUCGAAGUGGCGUACGCGGAAAUUUGUGGGAUGGCGGCGUUGGAUGGAUUAGAUGCGACCGAGAGGAAGAAAAUCGAAAGGUUUGUGGAAAAGAAAAUCGAGGACGUUUUGGAGCGCGUGGGAGCGCUCGGAGUAAUGGUGGUUGCUCAAGCUCGAGAAGAGAACGAGAUCGUCGAAAGUCAAAGAAAACGAAGAGCGUUGCUUCAAGAAAACGACUCGAGCGAGGAUGGGAGGUCUGCGAAAGAGUAUCCGAAUAAAGCUGCGGCGACGAUCGUUGGGUUCAUCUUAUUGCUUGGCGCCGUGGCUGGCUUCCUCGCGAUGCUAACGAUGCCUUUUCCCACCGACUCCCUUCUUUUUCCGAAGACAAAAGGUGAGUAG